AGAACACUUUAGAUUGCGUUCAGUUCAGCAUUAUGUCGAGUCGGUGGAUUAUUUGUAUGGUGAUUGUCUCGGUGACGACUAUCGUCCUCUCAACCCGAGUUGAAAGUGGAAAGAAAAGUUCCGAAAUGCUUUUGGAGGAAAGCAAUCAACAGUUGAAUAUGAUUUUGGAAUCUAUAAAUGAAAUCGAACGUCAGCGGAUAAAAGAGAAUACAAAAACCCAACAACUGGAUAGAGUUAAACAGCGGCCGAAUAGCAAAAGAUUGCGAUGGAAUCGAAGAAGGAGGAUUAUAUCAGAUCCCGAAGAACCUGAGAAGAGUGAGAAUCGAGCAUGGGCUCCACCCACUUCGAUAUCAUAUAACCCACCCAAUCCUGAUUACCUUAAUGUGAACGACUAUGCACCUACUCCGGCGCCGUGGUGGUUUAACUGAAGGUUAUCCCAGAGUUAAAUUGUACAUAUAAACAACUGUUUUUUUUUUAC